AUGCUACCAACUUGGUGCCAUGGCGCCCAAAAGCAGAUCCUCCAAGAAGGAGGUCACCGAGCCGAUCCCCGAGGCGUUUACGCCCGAGAGGUUCGAAAGGAGCUCCAGAGCCUCGCGACCAAGGCGCAAGAACAGACCUGGGCCAAGGAGACGGGCGCGCGCGUCGCGAGAUAUCUCAUCCCCGUCCUCCUCCUCACCCUCCUCGGCGUCUUCUCCACCGCCUCGCAGCUAUCCUUAUCUCCCGUCUUCGGGUCCCUACCCUCCGCCGUGUGGAACGGGAAGCUCACGGCCGCCGGGUGCUUCAUCGGCUGGGCGGGGAGCAUCUGGAUCGAGCGCCUGCUGCCCGUGGGGCCGGCCAAGCUGAUCCCCGUCUUCGCCAUCGCCGCGCCCGCCGUCCACUUCUUUCUCAGCCAGUACAGCAGCGUGUUGACGGCGCGAUGGGGUCCCGUGGUCAUCGAGUCCCUGACGCUGUUCCCCGUGGCCUUGCUCACGGCCUCGUGCGUGGCCGGCCUGCUGGAGGGCGUUAGCCUGAAGCCCUUGCCCGGGUUCCUCGGCGAGUCGGCGCCCGGCCUCGGCUCGCUGGCCUACUUCAAGUUUGUGGAAAAUUUGUCGAGCCGGCUCGUCAUGGUCUACGCUGGCCGCGCCAUCUUCCUCACCAGGGUCGGCUUGCAGAUGCUGCUCGCGUCCGUGUACACCGUGCUCGCGCCCUCGAAGCUCAUCCUGCUCACCCUGCCCGCCAUCAUCCACACCACCUUUUUCAACUACCAUCUCCCCACGCCCAUGGCUACGGCCGCUCUGCAGGCGAAGCUGGAGGCCGAUAGCUGGCUGCUCCUGGACCGCAAGGAGUCGCUGACUGGGUACAUUUCUGUGUUGGAGAGCGUCGAGCAAGGCUUUCGCGUGCUUCGGUGCGAUCACAGCCUUCUCGGGGGAGAGUGGACCAAGGUCAAGGGGCCGAUUUUGGCGGAGCCCAUCUACAGCGUCUUUGUCAUGCUCGAGGCUGUCCGGCUUGUCGAGGUCCCGGAGCCUAUUCAAGAUCGCCAAGCCAAGGCUCUCGUGGUCGGUCUUGGCAUCGGUACCACGCCCGCUGCGUUUGUGGCUCACGGCAUCGACACCACGAUUGUGGAGAUCGACCCUGUGGUGCAUGAGUUUGCGUCCAAGUACUUCCAGCUGCCGGACAAGCAUACGGCCGUCAUCGACGAUGCCGUGAGCUACACUCGAGGCCUCGUCGAGGCUGGCGAGCAACAGUUUGACUACAUUGUCCACGACGUCUUCACCGGGGGCGCAGAACCCCUACCUCUCUUUACGCUCGAGUUUUUGCAGGGCCUUCAUGAUCUCUUGAAGCCCGGCGGUGUCAUUGCCAUUAUGGUCAUGCAGACGAUCCUGCACGUCUUCCCCUCGUGUCGUGUCUUCCGCGAGGCCGAGAAGCCUUCCAAGGACAAGAUCGAGGAAAGCGGGCAAGACUUUAUCAACGCCGUCAUCUUUUGCCGAAAGACGGCAGAUCCCCACGAGAUCGACCUCGCCGAGUUUGACUCGACCGAGGACGUCGGCCUCCUCUUUAGCAACGGCACGCGGGAGCUGGCUCAGUCGCAGGAGCAUAGCGCCAUGGGCCAUUGGGACGUCAUGAGGAUCGUGCUGCCGGCUAAGAUCUGGGAGCUUUGGUGA